UACAGGAAGAAGAACGUUUGGCAAGCUGGACGUAGGCUCCACCUUGAACGUUCGUCUACGUAGCUAGGAAUUCUGUAAAUAAGUUAAUUUAAAAAUCCACAAUUGUAUUAUUCACGUAUGCGGGAUAAGAUGUUAAUAACGCUCUGCUACGUCUACAUGUGGGUGCGCUUUCACAAGUGCUACUCAACCCUGAUUCGUAAUAGUUUGUCCAAACUGAAAAAAUGUGGCUUAACAUUUUGCAUUAGCUCUAAUUCGGCCACGGCGUCUCCGACUGAUCGUCACACACAACCGCAUCACGGCCGACUUCCAUCUGAAGAGACCAUCUUUCUUCAACUGGGAGACAAAGCCGUCUGUGUCACGAAGCCUCAGACCUGUGACGACCUCAGCAAAUGGACCGUGCUGUUGGGAACCUCUCUGGUCAACAGUCCAGAAAAAGACAAUAUAUCAUUCAUCAUUGAAGCUACAGGACAUAGAGUGGGAUACCACACUCCUCACAUAUCGGCCAAGAAAGUGCUGAAGUGGUCUGACUACUGUCUUCCUUUGGCCUGUAGUCCUGACCAUCCAUUUAGGGCAUUGGCUCAGGCAAGUUUAGAUAAUUUCAGUCGUUUGGGGGUGGCUUUUAUUGAAGAUCGACUUCAGCUAGACAAUGGACUUUUGCCUUCAAAGAUAGUCCCCAUUGUCCUUCAAGAAUCCACUCUCAGUGAGCUUAUGGGACAGCAGUGUCCUCAGAGCUCAAACACUGUCAAGUCUCUCUGCUCCAGUCAUACUGACAAGUUUGGCUCUGACUUGUUCACUGAUAUCCAGCACCCACAGUGCAGUAAAACUCUACUUACCUUGGAACAAGUAGCAGAGCUUGGCAGCACAGAGCAUCCAGAAUGUCCUAAGGAUUCAGAGGACCAUUUCUUGGAAACCUAUCCUCACAUGGAGGGCCAUGGGCAUCACCUACAUCUGUCCAGCUGCCAUGAAUGUUUAGAGAUGGAGAACAGCACCAUUACAUCAGUCAAACACGCCUCUGCAGAAAACAUUCCAGACCUUCCUAAUGAGAACUCUGUACGACUGAAUAGUGGUGAUAAGACUUUGGAUGAACAUGAGGGUUUUUCAGGUGGUGGUUUAAAUUUUGAUGGCAAACCACCAAAUGUUUUGGUGUACACAGGUGGUUCCCAGGAACGUUUUAACACAAUUUUUCAGGUUUUGUCAGAGUGCAUAAAUAUGGAAAACAAUAUAAUAUAUUCCCUUCAGCCACAGGAGGCCCUUAAUGAUCCAUGGUUGGAAAACACCAGGCUUCUGGUACUGGCAGAGGAGGACACUCUGACCCCUCAGCUUCAGACUCGUUUUCUCACCUUCCUGAGUAUGGGUGGCAGGGUCCUGGGACUAGCGUCCAAACUGUGUCCUGCAGGCCUUGGUUUAAAAGACAAGGGGAGUCAAAGUGGACAGGUCAGAAGGUUGAGCUUUACCAGGGAAGACAGCACAGAGGUGGAAUUUAGUGUAUUGGCCAGUGGCAAAGUUUAUGUCAGGGACACUCAAGGAGGAGGACAAGUAGAGCUCUGGGGGGAACUCAGAGAGGAUCUCUCUGACGAGAGGGGCAUGGCUAUUGUUCGUGUAACUCACGGAAAGGAUGGUGGGGAGGCUGUUCUUUGUCAGGUCCAUUUAGAAAUUGCCCCACACAAAUUGACCUUUGAUGAUUUUGAUGAAUUGAAGGCCAGCAAUUCGCUGCGUAUUGAAGUUUUGACGGAGAUUCUCGUCUCCCUCGGCCUCAGUUGUGAAUUUGGCCAGACUCCAGACUCCAGCCCAGUUCACUUACUAGCCAUCUCUGAGAAAGCCAAGGCUAACCUUCUGAAGUGUCUGAGAACACAUGCAGAUCAAAAAGGUCUCAUCUUAUUGUCAAAGUCCUCCUUAAAGAUCAUGUCCUGCGCUGAACUUCAAGAUGGUCCUUGGCUGACUGAUGGGCAGCUUGCCCUGGUCACAGACUCUUCAGAGGCACAGAGCUGCCAGUUUAGUAUGGAGACCUACAGGAAAAACCUGAAGACCAAAUUCCUGGGACAUACCCUGCUGUAUGCUGACAUUGUCACAUCCACCAUGGACCUGUUACAAGGGAUUAUACUACACAUACCAAAGGAAGUGGGAUUAAUAGCCAUAGCAGCUAGGCAAACCCAGGGAAAAGGUCGGGGCAGGAACACCUGGCUUAGUCCUCCAGGUUGUGCAAUGUUCACAUUAAAGGUCCAAGUGGAGUUGACCUCAAGGCUCGGAAGGAGGAUUUCCUUUCUUCAACAUCUGGCUGCUCUGGCAGUAGUGGAGGCUGUGUGUUCCCUUCCUGGAUACGAGGACAUAGAUUUGAGAGUUAAGUGGCCCAAUGACAUCUAUUACAGCAACUUGAUGAAGCUUGGUGGAGUAUUGGUUACCUCAACUGUAAUAGGGUCAACCUUUCAUCUGCUUAUAGGCUGUGGAGUAAACGUUACAAAUAGCAAUCCAACAAUAUGCAUCAAUGACCUGAUUCAGCAUUACAACAUACAGCAUAACUGCAGUCUGCAGCAGCUUAGCUGUGCCCAGCUUAUUGCCCGGACAGUGAGCUGGCUGGAGGACUUCAUCAGCAGAUUUCAACAAGAAGGCCCAGAUGCCAUUCUUCCCACCUACUACAAGAGGUGGCUUCACAGUGGGACACGGGUGCACCUCUGGAGUGAGGAUGGACUGGAGGCUGAAGUGGUGGGCUUAGAUCACAAUGGCUUCCUCCAAGUGUACAGCAAGGAGCACGGUGUGGUCUCAGUUGAGCCUGAUGGAAAUUCCUUUGACAUGUUGAAAAACCUGGUCAUUACCAAGCAUCAUUAGGACCAAAUUGAAUUCAGUACAAAAUCAUCAAAAAAUUAAAGGUCUGUUAUUUAGUGGGUCAAAAAACAUGACUUUACAUGACAUUGUAUGUUUUCUAAAUAAUAAUAAUUAUAUAUAAAAUGUGUAAUUAAUAAAGUCCUAUUCUAUCCGAUAACCAAAUAUUGUAAAAGGCUAAUAGUGGGUUUGCUUCUACUUCUGUUAGCCUGUAAUAACCUUGAAUUGAUUGAUGUAUUCGGUAGAUGUCCAGUACAUUGAUAACUGGAUUUACAGGCAGCUAACUCAGUGUAUAACCUGAUUUUGACAGAUUAAUUAAUUCCUUCUCAGUCUACUGUGUUAUCUUUAAUUACUUUGUAUGCAUUGUCAGAUUAAAAUUAUGCCAAUGUGUGUGUCAUAAA